AUGGGGUUCUUGAACUCUGGAUAUCGUAUGUGGACGGACGGCACGACGGCAGAUAUUCAUGAUACCGGCAGCGCCGGUCAGGUGGAUGGGAUCACCAGCGAUAAACUCUCGGUAAACCCUAGGGAUCCCCAUGAGGCCGGGAGUACCGAGCUCAGGGAGUGGGCAGCGUCAGACCCCGUCAGCCCCGUCAGCCCCGUUCAACGUCCCGCAAAUCUCCAAAUCCCCAUGACAGACGCAGGCUGUCGGACGAGAACGGUCGUUUUCUUAUGCAAAAGCCAGCCCUCGCCCUACCACAGUAUUGGCACUGGCGGAGUUGCAUUCGAGCCCUUGACUCGCCGCCUGUUGCAGCUUGCAAGCAAGGACCACUCGUGA